CAAGCCGGUGUCCAGAUGGGUAACGCCUGCUGGGAGCUGUACUGCCUUGAACACGGCAUCCAGCCCGACGGUCAGAUGCCUUCCGACAAGACCGUUGGGGGUGGGGACGACUCCUUCAACACCUUCUUCAGCGAGACAGGAGCAGGAAAGCACGUCCCACGGGCUGUCUUUGUUGAUCUUGAGCCCACUGUUGUGGAUGAAGUUCGUACCGGAACUUACCGGCAGCUAUUCCAUCCCGAACAACUGAUCACCGGCAAGGAAGAUGCGGCUAACAAUUAUGCCCGUGGUCAUUACACAAUCGGGAAAGAAUUGGUUGACUUAGUUCUUGAUCGUCUCCGUAAGCUCGCUGACCAGUGUACCGGUCUCCAAGGGUUCCUCAUCUUCCACAGCUUCGGUGGAGGCACUGGCUCUGGAUUUACCUCGCUGCUGAUGGAAAGGCUUAGUGUGGACUACGGCAAGAAGUCCAAGCUGGAGUUCGCGAUUUAUCCGGCACCUCAAGUUGCAACAGCCGUGGUGGAGCCCUACAACUCCAUCCUGACCACCCAUACCACUCUGGAGCACUCCGACUGCGCCUUCAUGGUCGACAACGAAGCCAUUUACGACAUCUGUCGACGUAACCUUGACAUCGAGCGUCCUACUUACACCAACCUGAACCGUCUGAUUGGACAGAUCGUCAGCUCCAUCACGGCUUCUCUCCGGUUUGAUGGCGCCCUGAACGUCGACUUGACCGAGUUCCAGACCAACUUGGUGCCCUACCCUCGCAUCCAUUUCCCUCUAGCUACGUACGCCCCGGUGAUCUCUGCAGAGAAGGCUUACCACGAGCAGCUGUCGGUGGCGGAGAUUACAAAUGCAACCUUCGAACCAGCCAACCAGAUGGUGAAAUGUGACCCACGUCACGGGAAAUACAUGGCCUGUUGUAUGUUGUACAGAGGUGACGUCGUGCCCAAAGAUGUCAACGCCGCCAUUGCUACCAUCAAGACUAAGAGAACUAUCCAGUUCGUCGACUGGUGUCCCACUGGUUUCAAGGUCGGCAUCAACUACCAGCCUCCAACCGUCGUCCCUGGUGGUGAUCUGGCCAAGGUCCAGAGAGCAGUGUGCAUGUUGAGCAACACGACGGCUAUUGCUGAGGCCUGGGCUCGUCUUGACCACAAGUUUGACCUGAUGUACGCUAAACGUGCCUUUGUCCACUGGUACGUGGGGGAGGGUAUGGAAGAGGGAGAAUUCGCUGAGGCUCGUGAGGAUUUGGCUGCCCUGGAGAAGGACUACGAGGAAGUCGGCGUGGACUCAGUGGAUGAGGAAGGAGAGGAGGGCGAAGAAGAGGAAUAUUAAAAAACGCUGCGCAUUUCUGAAAAUCCUCCUCAGUGUGUUCACGUAUGAUGUGUCGAUAUGGAUGACUUUUUUUCGGUGUGUGCAAAUUAUUUCUUUUGUUGUGUAGCCUCAGGGACAUUACUUAGCUCUGGCUCUUUCAGCAGUUUAGAUUUUGUGCUUUUCAUUUCUUUUAUAUCGCUUUCCCAUUUUCAAAAUACAUGAUAAUCACUGUUGUGAAACCUUAAGAUUACGUCAUUUCUAUUUAACC